AUGGUGCGACCAAGACUAGGAAACCAGGUGCAACGCACCAUGAGCACUGUCCACCGCAGGGGCCUUGCACUCUGGCAUCCUCCCAAGUUCGAGAACGAGAAAAUGCUUACCUACGCCAAAGGCUCGCCCGAACGCACCCAACUUACCAAGACAAUCGAAUCCAUGAAGCGCACAUUCCCCGUGCAAAUCCCACUAACCGUCAACGGCGCAACACUGCAACCAAAGGAAUCACGCACGCAGCUGAACCCCUCCAAGCACUCCGAGAAAGUAGCAGAGUACGCUUCCGCAACACCCGACCAAGUCAACGCCGCUAUAGACGCAGCCCUAGCAGCUAAGCCCGCCUGGGAAGCGAUGCCCUUUGAAGACCGCGCUGCGAUCUUCCUGCGCGCCUGCGAGCUCAUUACAGGCAAAUACCGCUCUCAGCUUGUAGCAGCAACAAUGCUCGGCCAAGGGAAGAAUAUCUGGCAGGCGGAGAUUGACGCACCCGCCGAGACUGCCGAUUUCUUUCGGUACUACAUCCAGGAGGCGUGGUCGUUGUAUUCCCAGCAGCCGAAAGAACAGGCUGCCGGACACUGGAAUAAGCUCGAGUAUCGGCCGCUAGAGGGCUUUGUAUACGCUAUUGCACCAUUUAACUUCACCGCGCUGGGAGCGACGCUUGUUGGGCCGGCAGCACUGUUAGGCAACGUGGUUGUUUGGAAGCCGUCGGAUUCUGCACUACAUGCGAGCUGGCUGCUUCAUCAAAUAUUGCUCGAGGCUGGACUUCCCAAGGACGUGAUUCAGUUCGUGCCUGGGGAUGCAGAGGGGGUGACAGAUACAGUGCUACAGAGGCCAGAGUUUGGCGGCUUGUCAUUUAUUGGUUCAACAGCCGUUUUUAAGGGGAUUCAGCAAAAGAUUGGGAAUGCUAUUGGCCGGGGUGUUUACAAUUCAUAUCCUCGUGUGGUUGGUGAGACCGGGGGGAAGAACUGGGGCGUGGUCCAUUCUUCUGCGGAUAUAAGGAGCGCCGCUCUGAACACAAUCCGUGCAGCAUUUGAGUACCAGGGCCAGAAGUGCUCAGCCAACUCUCGGGUGUAUGUUGCCGAGUCUGUCUGGCCAGAAUUCAAGGACCAUUUGCAGAAGGAAAUUUCUGCAUUGCAGACUGGUCCUGUGGAGGAUUACAGCAACUUUAUUAACCCCGUCAUCCACGAGCGCUCCUUCGACAAGCUCAACCAGGUUAUUGAAGACGCAAAGAAUGAUCCUGAGCUGGAGCUAAUAAUCGGUGGAAAAGCAUCAAAAGAAGACGGGUUCUACGUCCAUCCUACAGUGUACCAGACCAGUAACCCACGACAUGAUAUCAUGUCUCGUGAACUGUUCGGCCCUAUCCUGAGCGUCUAUGUCUUCCCUGAUAAUGAGUGGGAGGAAACACUCAAGACAGUGGACACUACCUCCCGCUAUGCUCUCACGGGUAGUAUCUUCGCCAAAGACCCCUAUGCUAGUCGCCAGGCGCAGACUUUCUUGAAACAUGCUGCGGGAAUGCUCUAUCUUAAUACAAAGUGCACCGGCUCUGUCGUGGCUCAGCAGCCUUUUGGUGGUAGUCGGGACUCUGGCACGAAUGACAAGACCGGCACAAUGGCUCACUUGCUGAGAUUCGCGAGCACUCGGACAAUUAAAGAGGACUUUACCCCGUUAGAUAGGGUGCAGUAUCCUUCUAAUCAGGUUUGA